AUGGGAGGCACAAAGAAAAAAAGGGAUCAAACACCCUCGGUCGUCACGCUAUUUCAAACACCCAAAGACCGCCAGCGGCCAUCUUCCCCACGAGGCCACAUGGACUCCGGUUCAGAAAUCAAGGGAGACAACGGGCGUGCAAACCCACAUACCCCACUUACCAAAGGGGAUCUCCGCCAGCUACUACAAGAGGCGACAAACAAAAUCAAAGCCUACACAGCAGCCGAACUAGACAAACACAUAACAAGCCUGAGAACCGACAUAGAGCCAUUAGUCGCCAGGACACACAAAACCGAAACCCACCUGGCAAAAAUCACCUCCAGAUCUCGGUCCACGACCAAGAAUUUUCUCACCUACAUGACAAAAUACAGCAGCUAG